AUGGAAGUGAAGCUAAAAGUCAUUUUCCUUUGUUGCAUCCUCCACCUUGCCUCAGCUCAACUUCGGAGUGGGUUUUACAGCAAUUCAUGUCCACAAGCUGAAUCAAUUGUUCAACAAGUUGUACAAAAGAAAUUCAGCACUGAUCGCUCAAUAACAGCUGCUUUGCUUCGCAUGCAUUUUCACGACUGCUUUGUCCGAGGUUGUGAUGCAUCAAUAUUGAUAGACUCCACCAAGUCCAAGUCAUCGGAGAAAGAUGCCGGACCAAACUUAACAGUAAGAGGAUUUGAGCUAAUUGAUGAUGCCAAGAGAAAUCUUGAGGCUGCUUGUCCAUCUACUGUCUCCUGUGCUGAUAUAAUAGCAUUGGCAACCCGUGAUGCGGUAGCAUUAGCCGGCGGACCUGGAUAUAAUGUAUCGACAGGUAGGCGAGAUGGGCUGGUUUCGGACUCUUCCGAAGUAAAUUUGCCAGGACCAAGUCUUUCCAUAUCGGAUGCAGCUCGAUUCUUCACUGCCAAAGGGCUAACACUGAAUGACAUGGUGGUCCUUUUGGGUGCACACACUGUUGGAGUUGCACAUUGUGGUUUCUUCCAGGAUCGGCUUUCUAACUUUCAGGGCACCGGGAAGCCUGAUCCCACAAUGGAACCAGCAUUGGCUGCUACACUCUUGAAAACCUGUGGUACACAAUCCAGGCCGUUGAGUAGAGACCCAACUGUGUUUUUGGAUCAAAACACAUCCUUCAUACUUGAUAAUCAGUUCUACAAUCAGAUAAGGUCUAAAAGAGGGAUCUUGCAGAUUGAUCAGGAACUAGCUUUGGACAGCUUGAGUGCUCCUCUAGCCUCAAGGUUGGCUGCCAACAAUAACCUCUUUCAGCAGGGUUUUGCCAAUGCUAUGAUGAAAAUGGGAAGCGUGGAAGUUCUUGUCGGAAAUGCUGGAGAAAUUAGGAAAAAUUGUAGAGUCUUUAACAAACCUGUUGGUCGAGCCUAAUAGUUCCAAUCUCCCUAAAGUAGGGUAUAUU